ACUUAAUAUUCCUCUUAACGUUGCUUUCUUUCUUUCUCUGCGGAAUUUUCUCUAUCAAUCUCUUCCCCUUUAAUCUCGCCAGUUUGGUCUCAAACAAACAAAAAACAAUGGCCUAAAUUUUUUGUUCCAAUUCCCUUGUUUCAACUUUCAAACUUCAUUUUCUACAAGUGGAAUGUCCACUAUCUUAUAUGAACGUUGAUUGAGAAAUUUUCUGUGCCCAUGUCACUCUCCACCUUCCUUUAACUUUGCUUAGAAUUGAGGGGAAUUUUUUUUAAAAAAAAGUUUUGAUCUUGAUUGAAAUGAUGGGUACCAAAAACUUGCUUACGCUUAAAGGCCAUAUAGAUUUGGCGGUGAUAUUAAACGUGUUUUGCAAAUGAGUUUGUGUACUAGAAGAUGGUUCAAUUCAUGGCUUUUAUGGCUUCUGUAUUGGGUUUUAUCUGCAACUACUUGUUGUAUGUUUUUGGAUUAGUAUUCAAAUUCAUAUGCAGAUCUCUGGAAAAUUAUUGCAAGAAGGACUAUGGUUCAAGGUACUUGGAUAUGGAGGAUUUUAGAGAGGAGGAGGGUGGUGUUUGGUUAGAGAAAAGUGAGAGUGGCAAUAAAGGCAAUGGAGAAAGUGAAAAUUCUAUGUCUGCCAUGGCUGCCACUAGUGCUAGUAAGUAUGAGUUUAUGAUUGGGAAAGGUAUUAGUGGCUUCGUGGAACAACCAAAAAGUAUGAGCCUCAGUGUCCAAGAAUUGUAUCUGGGUUCAAAAGAUUACACUGUUUGCAACAAUACAGAAAACAAAGAUAUUGUAAAGGUUAAUUUAGAAGAAGAGGUUGUCGGUUUAGAUAAAACAGAGGACUCUGUUGAAAGCUUUGGUGUUGCAAUGGUUUUAGAGAAAGCAGAGCAGAAAAUGUUCACUGAACAUGUGGUUUCUGAGAAGGGAGACAUUGUUGGCUUAGAAAUAAUCAGUUUGUGUAAGGAAGACUCCGUGGAUGAAGUUGAAUCGGUUUCAGAAGAUUGCUCACUAAGGUUUGGUUCAGAACCUGAGUCAACUAGUUCGAGUGGUGAAUUGUCAAUGAACAAGUACAUAGUGGAUUCAAUUACCUAUGAGUUUUUCGCCUAUAGAAAUGUUGAUAAAGCAUUGGAACCUGUAGGCCUUUUGGCCAAUGAUGCUGAAAAGGUGGUAGAAGAUAUUGAGGAAGAAAAUGAGAUUAUUGAGGAAGAAAGUGAGAUUAUUGAAGAAGAAAGUGAGAUUGUUGAAGAAAUUUCAAGCUGUGAAAUAAGUCUUUCUGAUCCUGAAGAAACUGAUGCCGAUGAUGAUUCAAAUGAUUCUGAUGAAGAAUAUAUAGAAUUCGAACCCCAUUUCAAGAAUUUAAGCAGCUUGGAAGCCAAAAUUUUGUCUGGUGAAGUUGUGAACAAACAUGAAGAGGAAGAUUUAGUCCAAGAUGAGAAGGAACCCGAAAAUAAUUUGGAAAAAAUUGAAGGAACUAACUUGGGGGAGAAACCAACCAAAUCGAAUUCUGAUGAUCAAAAUGACUUGGAUUACAUGUGGGAGCACGACGAUGUAAUAGAACAGCUGAAAUUGGAACUCAGAAAUGCAAGAACUGGUGGACUUCCCACUAUUUUAGAAGAAGAAGAGCCAGAGUCUCCAACCAUUGUUGAAGGUCUAAAGCCACUGAAGAUCGAUGUAAAGUUCGAGUUCAAAGAUCGAAUGGAAGAGAUUCAAAAGGUCUACAAGAGCUAUGCAGAAAAAAUGCGAAAACUAGACAUGUUGAAUAGCCAGACCAUGCAUGCAAUCGGAUUUCUUCAGCUGAAAGACCCAGUUAAAUCAAAUUCAAUGCUAAAUUCUUCAGCCUCAGCUGCUAAGUCUCUUCCACAUAACAUAUGGCUGCGUAAACAACGAAGGGUCACAGCUGAUCCAAUGCAGAAAUUCACUGGAGAAUUGCAAAGCAACUUGGAAUUGGUUUAUGUUGGACAUGUUUGCCUUUCUUGGGAAAUACUCCAUUGGCAGUAUGGGAAAGUCCAAGAACUUCAAAAUUCCAAUUCUCAAGGUUUUCAAAGGUAUAAUCAAGUUGCCGGUGAGUUUCAACUCUUUCAAGUACUCAUGCAUAGAUUUAUGGAGAACGAGCCAUUUCAAGGUCCCAGAGUGCAAAACUAUGUCAACAAUCGAUGUGUCCUUCGUAAUCUUCUUCAAAUUCCAGCCAUCAGAGAUGAUUGCUUUAAGGAGAAGAAGGUAAGAAGAGAUGAGGAGGAAGAUGCAAUUUCAAGCAGCAUGUUAGCAAAGAUCAUUGAGGAUUCACUGCGGGUCUUUUUGGAAUUUGUUCGUGCUGAUAAAGAUGAAAAGAAUGUGAUCCUAAAUAGUCCUCACCAAAAUCAUAUCAAUCUCCAACAUGCUGCAGACUUAGAGGUUUUGAUGAACACUCGAUCUGAUCUUCAAAAGAAGGAGAAAAAGCUCAGGGACAUACUGAAAAGUGGAAAUUGCAUAGUAAAAAGGUUCCAAAAACAUCAGAAUAAUGAUCAGUUGGAUCAUUUGCAACUCGUUGCUCAGGUUGAACUGAAAUUGGUUUCAAGAGUGCUAAAUAUGUCAAGAUUAACAAGGGACCAAUUAGCAUGGUGUCAUGGAAAACUAGACCAAAUUAACAUUGUUAACAGAAAGAUUCACAUGGAACCUACAUUUUUACUUUUUCCAUGCUGAAAUGGCGUGCAGUGCCACGAUUUUUCUUGAACUAUGUACAUUCAAUGUUGGUUACAGGUUUAUAGCAAUAGAUAAAAGAAAGCAGAAUGGGAUUAGAUUUCCUUGAUAGAGAAAUUCUACGAUACUGUAUACAUACAAUAAAUUGCUUAUUUCACUAGUGAAGUUUUAUAAACUUCCUUGAUGGAGAAAUUCUACGAUACUGUAUACAUACAAUAAAUUGCUUAUUUCACUA